AUGGUCAAGAACACUUCAGCUUCGGAAACCUCUAGUCUCAAGAGGAGGAAAACUGAAGAUGAUGAUGUCGAUCAUAUACAGGUCAAGAAACCCAGAUCUAGAGUCAGUUUCUCCUGUGGUGAAUGUCAUCGUCGAAAGCAGAAGUGCGACCGGCAGAUACCGUGCUCUCAUUGUAUAGCACGAAAAGUACCAGAGCUUUGCAAAGCAUACACUCCCGGAAAAACAGACCAAGAUCUGAGCGUCCGCUUAGCCAGGCUUGAGCACAUUAUCGAGCAGGCUUUGCCUCAAUACUUCAAUUCACCGUCUCAGUCUUCCUAUUCAGCUGCAGACAGACACCAAAGUUCUACAUCUGAUGGCCCAGAUGACGAUAAUCGUUCGAUAACUGAUGAGCAGGAUCCAAGCGGCGGUACCUUCCACAGUGGAAAAUGGUUUGGCAAUAGCGCGUCAGGAAGUGUAGCACCCGCCUCCGUUCUGGAGCAACUGGCAAACGUCGUUGUUGCCAGUUCGAUUCAAGAACAGUGGGAUUCGCCUCAUUCCACUUCUAAUAUCAUUGCUGGACCUUCCGGCCAGCACGGGACUGGUCACGGCGAGCAUAAAUCAGCCUUAGCGACCCCAUCGAUAAUCGAGUCGGUGCGACAAGAUUCUGAGCCUUCAGCAGCUGACAACCUCAAGAGUCUUGUCCAAGAAUGCGGCGUAUCACCGCACAAAAUCUCGGAGCUCCUUCAGGAACUCCCUCCACAACGGUUUUCCGAUGUACUUAUUGAUCAUUAUUUCGCUGCAAUCAAUUGGACGAGAUAUCCCGUUUGCGAGGCUGACUUUCGGACUGCCUACGCAUCUCUUUGCGCCAAUGGAGUUGGCGCCAAUACUAACGAUGCACGCUUCCUUCCGUUGUUGUUCGUGGUGCUUGCUAUUUCUGUGCGAUUGGCACCUGAACAUCUUGCUGGCGACGCGCGAACAAGAAGAGUGACAUCUCUGAGAUAUUACUGGUCUUCUCGACGCUCUCUGCUUAUCGCCGCAGCUAUCCAACCGGAUUCACUGGAUAUUGUUCUCACUCGCUUACUCAGUGCACGAUUCUUGACUUUUGAUCGUCGCAUUACGGAAUGUUGGAGUCAAUUGGGUGCCGCUGUACGAACAGCUCAAGCACUUGGAUUCCAUCGUGAUGCUGCACCUUCGGGACUUGAUCCGGCUCAGGUUGAAAACCGACGCCGCAUAUGGUCAUAUCUUUAUCACGCCGAUCGUUCCUACGCACUUGUGCUUGGAAGACCUCAUGCUAUUCAGGACGAUUACACCUGCACCCUCCCGCCUUUGAACAUCGAUGACGACUUUUCCCCUGCCGCCAUUCGCAAUCCACCUCCCCUUUCCAGCCCUACGCUGAUGACCUUUGUUAUUCUCAGGCAUCAGCUGGCCUCCAUUAUUGGACGGAUGGUACAUCAUUUCCAGAAGGUCAAGUCACCCAGUCAUUAUUCUGACGUCUUGGCGCUGGAUGACGACCUUUUAAAAUUUGUUACCAACUUACCACCUCACUUUUCGUUGGAUCCCGACACAUCCCUCGACGAAACAAAAAAAUUCAUUCCUGUUCACCGCUUCCUCCUCAUUACCGAGGUGUUGUUCGUUCGCGUCGGCCUCCAUCUUGCGAUCGUUACCCUGCGUUCCCGAAAGGCGUGCUUCGAGUCUUCGAUCAAGGAUUUCCAAGUUCGUAAGGCCUUCCGCGACUCAAUGCCAAAAGAAACUCGCGAUUCUCUGAGCAACGCCUACAGAGAGUUUCAAACGGCGAUGAUCAGUGGCAUUUAUCUAGUCUUGCACCCCAGAGGCAAGGACGCAGACAUGAUGCACACUAUUUUGGACGGCUUCCUGGCAGACCAUGAGGGCGUGCGCGAGAUGGACGAAACAACUCGGAGGGAGCUCAAGACUAUCGAGUUUCUUAAGAGCCGCGCAUCACAAAUGGCAGAAAGUGCGUCGCAUGGCGUGGAUGGAGCAAGCUCACCUACAAACGGGCAUACUGGGGAACAGCACUCCACAAUCUUCUCCAUACCCACUUCUCGUUCUGCUCUGCCUCCAUCUACACGCCAAGCUCUCACGAUGGGUACAACGUCGCCGAAAACCUUGUCUCCCACAAUGUCUUCGCCUGUAGUAUACGCGUUAUCACCCCCUUACACGCAUUCCCCCGCUAUGCAACGUCUGCAGCACAGUGGAUCUAACGACGGUACGGUUACGCUCGGCUCACCCGCUGGCAGCGGCAGUCCGAGUGGGGAAGAAGAAUCCGCUGCUCAGUCUCUCUUGGAUCAUUGGUGCAGUACUUUCGGUGGGAGUCCUGCGGUCGAUGCGACAGCAGGCAUGCCUGCUUUAUCUUGGGGAGGGCCUGGUGGUGCUGACUUCUCAGGCUGGAUAGGACCUAACAACAAUCCAAUGGCUGGUGAUCCUGGUUUGAUGGAAGUAGAUGGUUCGGACUGGAGUUACUGGGAAGCACUGGUCAAUCAGAUCAAGCCUGGACCACAACUUUAA